AUGACCUGGCGCGUAUUUGAGGUCGUAGAAGGAUUAUUCGGUAGUAGCCGCGCGAUGCGGGAUGCUACGGCCACGCUGAAAAUCGGAGAGGAUAGCGCAGGAUCGCCUGUAUCUCCAAAAGUGGAGGUGAGUCUGUCUGCAGCGAGUAUCGCAGCUGUGUGCAUGGUUGAAAAGAGGAGCUCUACUGAGCAUCAAGUAGCAAAUGUGAGGAAUGCGGAGCUUGCCGCUCAGCGUGGGGCCCCGCUGACGAUUCGCAGGAACCUCUCUCCGUUGUCUCCAGGCUUUCCUCCUUCCUCUUUUGUUCCGUUCGGUGGAUCCGGGGGUGUAGGCUUGGGUGGAGGGUCAGGAGGUCAGGGGAGGAACAAGCGGAUCCGGGAUUGGCUUGACCAGGUGUGGGAAGAGGAGGAUGUGCUCCUUCUGGGACCAGAGGGGACCGAGGAGGAUGAUGACGAGCCGAUCCGGAAGCGUCCAGCUGGGACUACCUUCACACCGUGGCCCAUAAACCACCUGGACGCUCUUCCCGCCACCAAAAGGCCACGCCGGCCCGUGGUUGUGGUCGCUGCGCCUACGGAGGCGUCUAGGGUGAGCUGGGAAGUAGAGGAGAGCGGGCGUGGAGGCGAAGUUGGGGGUGAUGAGGAAGGUGGAUGCGAAGAGUAUCUGGAUGAGUCUGAGCGUCAGGAUGUUUCGAGUGUUGGGCGUCCGCCGUCUAGAUAUCUGUCGCCCGACCUCCAGUACUUCCGGCGGGCGUCCUCUCCGCACUCCUCCUCCCACCUGUCCUCGAUAAGGACCAGCCGUCAAUGUUCCGCUGUCAAGGCAGCCGCGACGACAGAGGCGUUCAGUGUCCGCGGGGAAGUGGAGAAUGGCGAGGGAUGUGGGGGCGAUCUUGAGCUGGGUUUGGAGCAGGAGGAUGAAACCAGCUGUGGGCAACCGCCGUCUCGAUAUCUGUCGCCCGACCUCCAGUACUUCCGGCGGGCGUCCUCUCCGCACUCCUCCUCCCACCUAUCGUCGAUACUGACAGACCCUCCCCUCUCCCCUUCCCCGCCUUCACGUCGGCAAGCAUCUCCUCCUCCCGCUCGUGAACGAUCGACCCGACUCGCGGCGCAGCUCGCUACUGCCCGCAGCGUACAGCAGGCCAGGUACCUGCAGAGAACGGCCAGGGAGGGGGAGGUGGUUGCGGCGGUCGAUGAUGGCGGAGAGUACGAGAUGGGCGCGGACGACCCCGGAUUUCAUGUCGAGGAGGAAGAGGAGGAGUCCCCGUCUGCUCAACCCCGCUCUUCCCGUCGCACGAACAAGCCUUCUCUUCGAAGCACCCGCCCUCCACGAUCCACCAGAGCACGGCAAGCAGCCACUUCCCUUUCUCCACCUGCUCUAGAAUCGUCCCGCUCCUCUCGAACUCGCCAAGCGGGAACAUCGGGCUCGGCAAAGUUCGGCCCUCCCAUAUUUGAGGAGUGGAUAGAUGUACCAGCUCUCCCCGUCCAUCCCCACCCCAAGGAGGCGAUUCUUCGCGAGCGCUUCCGCGAGAGCCACCGGAUACUUCUGAAGGAGCAAGGACAUACAUUAUUUUGGGACUCGAUGUUGAGUGGAAACGGGCGGGAAAAUGCGGCGUGGAAGCGAGAAAGGGAGGAGAACUACUACAGGGUGACGAGGUACGGAUUGACUCCGGAAUCCAUCGACUUACUCACGGCGGACGAACCGCCCACACCGGACGACUACCGGCGACUCACAUGGUUGCCAGGUACUAUGGGCGUAUAUGUCAUAUACGUGCGGCGCGCGGACGAUCAAGGGGAAGAUGCAGAGGAAGGUGCAGACGGCGAGUCCAUGGGUAGUCAGUCCGAGGAGGGGAGUGAGGAUCGACGUCAGAGUCAGGACGGGGAGGGGAGCGAGGAUGAGGGAGAGGAUGAGGCGGAGGGGGAGGAGGAGGAGGGGGAGGAGGAGGAGGAGAUUGUUGAGGCGGUUGAAAAUUAUGAGCAGAGUGAGGAUUGGGAGGGGAAGGAGGAUGGGGAUGAUGGAUUGGAAGCGGAAGCCAAUGAUGGGGCGGGAGGGGGGGAUGUGGUUUGGAAAGAGGGGGAUGAGAAGCCGCACCAUUACGUCGGUCGGGGACAGGUGAUCAAAAACGACCUAUACAAACUUAUCAGGCGCGGACGGAAACCUCAUUGGCGGAGCCUGUGGGCAGUCCGAGUCGAUCGGAAUAGCGACAGCGCCGACCGACUUACCUCCUUUCGUACUCAAUCAAUCUAUGUCGAGGGGCUUUUGCACAUCUGGUGUAGAUCGUAUGCGGCGAAAGGGAAGGAGCUACCGUCAUUCUGGAUCGACCCGGAGAUGGAAGGUACCAACGGUCGGUCGCCCCUGGCCAGCCACGUCGUUCGUGUUGGCGGCACGUCUCACCCCUGGGACCCGAAAUCGAUACGACUCCGCAGCAACACGAUCACCCGCCGGUAUCAACUUACGGAAAAAGGGAUAGCGGCCAGGGCGAAACAUUUAGGAUCCGCACAGUAUACAGCGACAAAGCGGACCUAUCGAGCUUCUGAUGUGGGAAGGGCAGUCACUCAAAGGGCGAGUGCAAAGUGGAAUGCGAAGAGAUGUUGGCGGAGCUGGCGAAGCGGGGGAUCUGGGAAAUACCAGCAUCUUUCUACUGUAAGGACGGAGAAAAGUUGA